AAUUUGUGCGAUUUGUUCAAUUUCAUUGAAUUUGCUCCGGGUUUUAGCUUCUAAUAAUUGGUUUUCUACCUUGUGCUCAAUAGGAGGAUUUCUUUUACAUUUUCUAUGAUAUUCUGGCACAAUUGGUGGAAGUGACCGAGCUUCAACCAAUUCCUAAUGCGCAUGUACCAGUGAUGAAAUUUAAAUUUGAUGGGAUCUCUAUUGAUCUUCUUUAUGCUAGUGUUUCCGUCUUGGUUGUUUUGAAUGGUGGCUUUAUUGGUCUUUGCUGGGGCUUAAGCUUUAUUGGUGCUUGUCAAGCUGUUUUACAUUGCACACAGUUAGAUAUUCGCGCAACAGUUGAUGAGUUGUGGUUCUAUCCAUGUAACUAUUGGUGAUGGUGGGAACUCUAAGGGUUUAGCUCGAAGGUGUUGUCUUCCAGAAUUAAUUCUACACUGCAUGCAGGUGUUUGUUUCAUUAGUGGAGUUGUUUAAAGUUCCUGACAGGCUUGUUGAGUUGAUUGAGCUUGUUGCUUGCCCAAAAUCAGGAUAUCUUCAUUUAUUUAGUCAACAACUGCAGGGAUUUGGAGGCUUUGGCUACAAAAUGUGAACUUAAGGAGGAAGAGAGAUGGCUCCCUAGUGGUCAAAAGAUUAUGUAGACAUCCAUGUCUGAAUACCGAGAAAUGGUAGAAAAAGGCUGACAACUAACCCUGCAAUAUUUCAAGGACGGAAGAAAGAUAUAUUAAGCUCUUUAAAGAUUUCAAUUAGUGAUUCGGAAUUUGUUCCACUUCAACUAGUCACGAAUGAAUUCUAAGUUUCAAUUAUAAUUGUUGUAAUAGAAACUCAUUACUAUGAGAUAUUGUAUAUAUGCUAUAAUAUAUUUAUA